AUGGACCCUAACAACAGUCUCAACUCUCGCAAGAGAGAUCGGCCCGAAGACGAUGAGGAGAAGGUGGAUAUCUCGUCUAAUCGCCGAAGGACUUCCUUGGUGAAUGAGUUGAUUGCGCAGCAGCAGCAGCAACAGCAACAUCAUCAUCAGCAGCAGCAGCAACAGGGCCGCAACGAUGAUAUAGUGACGCAUCUCGUUUUGGACCCUCGCAUGCAGCUGCUCAACACGGCCUUCCAGCUCCAACAACCCAGGCAGCAACUCGGGCUCACCUUCAACCCAAACCUUGCCGCCGCCCAGCAUGCUUUGAGACCCAGUGGUAAUAACCCAUUUGCUGGUCUGCAAGGCUUCCAAUUGCAUCCCCGCUCGGCAGCUCCGAUAGCCCCAAACCUCUUAGAGACGUUACAGGCACGGCUAAGGACCGGGGCAAACCCGUUUGCUUUUGUUGGAGGUCCAGUGAUGAACGCCAUGGCAACGGGCGGCGCACCAACAAGCGCCCCCGCCCCCGCUAAUGCUCUUGUGCAGCAGACUCCUCAAACACUGCAGGUUCCCUCGUCGUCCUCCUCUCCUGCGCCUGCCUCGAUGCAAACGCUAUCUAUGGCAUCCAACGUCCCCGCUGGCCAAGGAGGUGCAAAUCAACAAGGCAACCAGCUCAGCGAGGCUGACAUGAAUGCUUUGUUGACAUGUACUGACGGUCAAAAGCUCCUGUACACUCCGGACGAUGACUGGAAGUUGUCGCCCUAUCAGUGCUUGGCCCGCAAACAGAUUGAACUCUUUGAGGCAUCCGAUAAAGACCUGGAAGCGGGCGCCCAAGGAAGGAAUCGUCCCAUUGUCUUGGGUCAGCUUGGGAUAAGAUGCCGCUGGUGUGCCAGCUUGGCCAGUCGCCAACGCCAAAGGGCUUCUUCGUACUAUCCCAGCCGGUUAGAGGGCAUUUAUCAGGCGGCGCAAAACAUUAGCAAUUCCCACCUGAGCCGUCUGUGUCAGAGUGUCCCCCCAGUCAUCCGCGAGGAAUUGGUGAGACUGCAAGCCAAGAAAUCUGGUGCUGGAGGUGGGAAGAAGUAUUGGUCACAGAGUGCAAAAGACCAGGGAGUGUAUGACGUCGAAGAUGGUGGUCUUCGAAUUUCGCCCAGCCCAUCAGCGUUGAUCAACAUGCCUACAGGGCCCCAAAGUGAAUCCGCCAAGAAGCAAAGCGAAGGAGUUGGAAAUGCUCCUGUCUAA